AUGCGUCGCGCGACCGGCUGCCCGCUGAGCCAGAUCUGCAUCCCCCCUCCCGCCGUCCUGGUGAGGAGCUUCCCGGUGAGAUCCAGCCUGGAUCCCUGCGGCACCGCCAGCACCUUCCAGUGCUUCCCUUCCCGCAGGAGCCCCUGCUGCUACCCCGGCACCACCACCUACGUCAGCCUGGGGAGCCUGGCCGCGGCCCAGGCCGCUGCCUGCGCCAAGCCCUGCGGCCUCGUGGCCACCACGUGUGUCCCCCCGUGCUGCCAGGGCGUGGCCGGGUGCACCACCACGUGCAGGAACCCCUGCUGCUGCUGCCGGGUGACCGAGAGCUGCACCAGGAGCCAGGAAUGUUGUAAGGAGGUCACCAAGUGCACAACCACGUGUCAGGAUCCAUGUUGUCAAGAGGUCACCAAGUGUGUCACCACGUGCCAAGAUCCCUGCUGCCAGGAGGUAUCCAAGUGCACUACAACGUGCCAAGAUCCGUGUUGCAAAGAAGUGACCAAGUGCACCACCACGUGUGUGGAUCCCUGCUGCCAGGAGGUCACCAAGUGUGUCACCACGUGCCAGGAUCCCUGCUGUAAGGAAGUGACCAGGUGUGUCACAACAUGUCAAGAUCCCUGCUGCAAGGAGGUCACCACAUGCACCACAACAUGCCAGGAUCCCUGUUGCAAGGAGGUCACCACAUGUGUCACCACGUGCCAAGAUCCCUGCUACAAGGAGGUCACCAAGUGCAGAACCAGGUGUGUGGAUCCAUGCUGCCAGGAGGUCACCAAAUGUGUCACCACAUGCCAGGAUCCCUGUUGCAAGGAGGUCACCCCAUGUGUCACCACGUGCCAGGAUCCCUGUUGUAAGGAGGUCACCAAGUGCACCACCACGUGUGUUGACCCCUGCUGCCAGGAGGUCACCAAGUGCGUCACCACACGCCAGGAUCCCUGUUGUAAGGAGGUCACUACAUGCACCACCACGUGUGUGGAUCCCUGUUGUAAGGAGGUCACCAAGUGUGUCACCACGUGCCAAGAUCCCUGCUGCCAGGAGGUAUCCAAGUGCACAACCACAUGCCAAGAUCCGUGUUGCAAGGAAGUGACCACGUAUGCCACGUGUGUGGAUCCGUGUUGUCAGGAGAUCUCCAAGUGUGUCACCAGGUGUGUGGACCCGUGUUGUCAGGAGGUCACCAGGUGUGUCACCACGUGUGUGGACCCGUGUUGUCAGGAGGUCACCAAGUGCAGAACCAGAUGUGUUGAUCCGUGUUGUCAGGAGGUCACCAAGUAUGUCACCACGUGCCAGGAUCCUUGCUGCCAGAAGGUCACCAAGUGUGUCACCACGUGUGUGGACCCGUGUUGUCAGGAGGUGUCCAAGUGCAGAACCAGAUGUGUAGAUCCUUGCUGCCAGGAGGUCACCAAGUGCAUCACCACAUGCAAAGAUCCCUGUGGCAAGGAGGUCACCAAGUGUGUCACCACGUGUGUGGACCCGUGUUGUCAGGAGGUCUCCAAGUGCAUCACCACAUGCCAAGAUCCCUGCGGCAAAGAGGUCAUCAAGUGCAGAACCAGAUGUGUGGAUACGUGUUGUCAGGAGGUCACCAAAUGUGUCACCACAUGCCAAGAUCCCUGUUGUGUGACCAGAUGUGCCACCAGGUGUGUGGAUCCGUGUUGUCAGGAGGUCACCAAGUGUGUCACCACGUGCCAAGAUCCCUGCUGCCAGGAGGUGACAAAGUGCAGAACCAGGUGUGUCGAUCCCUGCUGCCAGGAGGUCACCAAGUGCGUCACCACAUGUGUUGAUCCCUGCUGCCAGGGAGUGACCACAUGUGCCACCAGGUGUGUGGAUCCGUGUUGCCAGGGGGUGGCCAGGUGCCAAGAUCCCUGUUCUGUCACCAGAUGUGCCACCAGGUGUGUGGACCCCUGCUGCCAGGGAGUGACCCCCUGCACCACCACCUGCCAAGACCCCUGCCGUUUGGAUUCGGAGGCUCCCGCCAGUUCCUUUGGCUUCUCUGUCGCUCGCCAGGACCGGUGA